AUGGCUAUUCCAGGACGACCUACCAUUAAUGAGCUCGUUGCUGCUUUAGAAGCUUUGUAUGUUCAUAACGUAGAAAAAGCAUCGAAAUGGCUGGAAGAAUUUCAAAAAUCGGUAUAUGCAUGGGAAUUAUGUGAUGAAUUAUUACAUAAAAGCACCAAUGAGACAUAUACUUACUUUGCUGCUAAUACCAUGAAAAGCAAGAUUGAAUAUAGUUUUAACGAAUUACCGGUAUCGUCACAUGGGUCAUUAAGAAACUCAUUAAUAGACCAUUGCAAAAGAUUACAUGCUGGAUCACCUUCAACCGUAACACAAUUAUGCAUAGCUCUUGCUGACUUAGCAAUACAGAUGGAUCAAUGGAACGACGCUGUACAAAGUUUGAUUGUUAGUUUCGCUAGCGAAAUCCGGUAUUAUCCCAUAUUAUUGGAAACACUUGAGAUCUUACCCCAAGAAAUUGAAAGUGAAAAAAUACGAGUUGGUGAAAACAGAAGAACUUUGGUAACAACGAUCUUACGGCAGUCGUCAACACUAGUUUUCGAGUUUUUGUCAAAGUGCAUGGAAAUGGUGAAGACUGACUCCAAUAUCUGUGUUAAAACUCUUGCUUGCCUUGCCAGCUGGUUUCAGUUAGGUCCUUUAAUAUCCGAACAAAUUAUCUUGAGUAAUUUCUUAGAAGUUCCUUUUCAAAUUUUAUUAAACGUUCAGUCUAAUAUGCGAAUUUAUGAAGCGGCUAGCCGGUGCAUAUGCGGUGCUGCCACUGUUGUUGAGGAUUAUGAAAAAUAUCAAGAUUUAGCUAAAGCACUUCUUACAGCAUGUCAUCAACUGGCGAAUGGUGCUUUUCAAGAAGUUCUUAACAACAAAGAUAUGGAAAGAGCUGGUGCACUAUGUCAUAUUUUUACUGAGCUUGGCAUUUCCUUCCAUCGGUGUAUGAUCGAUACGCCUAAUCAGGGACUGGGUAGUUUUAAUCUAUUGGAAAUGAUAUCUUUAUGUUCCGAAUAUGGAAAUAUUUCUCUUGCCCAAAUUACCUUCGAUUUUUGGUUUUGCUUGGCCGACUCAUUAUUUGACUUGACAGAAUCUGACAACACUUACAGUAAACCCUUUGAACCGUAUAUAUUUCGACUAUUGGAUCAUCUAUGCAGACUAUGCCAACGAUGUGAAAGCGAGGAAAAUGAAAUCCUAGCUGACGAUGAUACGAUGAUCGAAUUUCGCCGCGAUGUUGAAGAUAUUUUACAUAGCAUUAAGUUCGUCGUUGGUGGAGCUGUGAACUGCUUUACACACGUAUGUCAAAAUACCCUAAAUUCAGCGAAUACGUGGGUACAGAUAGAAGCGGCAUUCUUUAUUCUUGGUAUUCUAGCUGAAUCUUUAUUAAUGAGGCAUGCUGAAGCUGUAGUACCUGUGAUUGAUAUCGUCAUAUCAAGUCCUUCUUAUGGGCUUGCUUUGAAGCAGACUUGUUUAAAACUAUUAGAAAAGCUUUGCUUUGUAUUUCAUCAAGAGGCAGGAAGGGCUUACCUUUCCGGCUUUUUGUCUUAUACAUUUAAUUCGUUACAAGAAUCGGCUCUUACUACUCAAGCUGCAGAUACAAUUGAAAGCGCUUGUAAAGAAUGCAAGGAACAUAUGUAUCCACAUCUGAACCCAUUAAUUGAGGCUAUUCAGUUUACCAGCGUCAGUGACCGAAACGCUAAUAAAUCUGCCCUUAGUCUUAUUAAAGGCGCAAUGGAAAUCUUAAGUAAUGUAUCAGUGUCCAAUGCUUACGAAAUUUUACAGAGACUGGGUGCUCUGCAAUUGGAAACUUUGCAGCAGAUUGCACAAGUUGGUGAUGGGGCAUCUAUGGAAAAAUCCCUUGAUCCUGUUCCUCCUAUUGAUCGUUUAAGCCAUAUUUUUAGGUUUUACAAGGCAGGCCUAAAUCCAUCUGAAAUGCAUCCUUGCCUUUCUAUUCUUGAAAAUGCAUGGCCGAUUCUUAGUAGAAUUCUUAACAAGUACAAGAAUGAUGUUAUAGUUUUAGAGCAUACAUGCACUUGCAUUCGGUUUGCAAUUCGUUGUGUGAGCUGCCGAGCUGCAAAAUUGUUAGCGCCUAUAGCAGAGCAGCUGGUAAGCUCUUACGCAGAGAAUAAGCACUCGUGCUUCCUUUACCUGUCUAGUAUUUUGGUUGAUGAGUUUGCAUCUGAAAGCAUUUAUGAGAAUAGUUUCAGGCAAAUGCUUGAGAUUUUUUGUCGAGUAACUUCAGAAUUUUUGAAUAAUCAAGCAGAUUUAAUCGAUAAUCCUGCAACUGUUGAUGAUCUUUUCAGAUUAACUGCUAGAUAUCUACAACGUUGCCCUCGACUGAUAUUAACUGCGCCAGCAGUUAAUUUUAUUGUUGGAUGUGGGUUAGCUGCUGCUACGUUACAACAUAGAGAUGCUCAUGAUUCAGCUCUUAUUGUAUUUUGUGACUUAAUUGAAUGCAUACGUUAUAGAGAGUCGUUACCUGGUAGUGAUAUUAUAAGGCAACGAUCAAAAGAAUUAGUUGACAAUCACGGUCAAGCAUUAGUCAAAGCUUUAAUUGAUUCCGUAGCUGACGGUAUUCCGAAAAGCCUUCUCUCAAAAGUGGCUGAAGUUCUUCUAAAAUUGCGGGAUUAUUCGACAUCGUUAUUAUCUGAGUGGGUUAAAGCCACCUUAUCGUCGCUAAAUACUGUGACUGAAACUGGAUCAGUAAUUGCAACACCAGAACAACUUAACCAACUGUAUGACAGAAUACUGAGGUACGGGUUAAUUUAUCACAAAUAA